AUGCUGAGAUACUGGGGCGAGAUCCCGGUUUCCUCCAGCCAGGCCAACCGCAGCUCCUUUGACCUGCUGCAGCGUGAGUUUCGUACUGUGGAAGUCCAGGAUCCCCCGCUGCACCAGCCGUCUGCGAACAAGCCCCGUCCGACCACCAUGCUGGACAUCCCCUCCGAGCCCUGCAGCCUCACCAUUCACACCAUCCAGCUCAUCCAGCACAACCGCCGGCUGCGCAGCCUCAUCGCCGCGGCUCAGGCUCAAAACCAGCAGCAAGCAGAGGGCAUAAAAAUCGAAGAGAAUGAACCUCUGCCAUCUUGUCCGGCCUCCCCACCUCUCCCUGAUGACCUGCUUCCUCUGGAUAGCAAAACCCCCAAAAUGCCAUUUCAGCUGAGGCACAGUGACCCAGAGAGUGAUUUCUACAGAGGGAAAGGGGAGCCGGUGACAGAGCUGAGCUGGUCCUCCUGCCGGCAGCUUCUGUACCAGUCAAUGGCCACCAUCCUGGCACACACGGGCUUUGAGUGUGCCAACGAGAGUGUCCUGGAGACCCUGACAGACAUUGCCCACGAGUACUGCCUCAAGUUCACCAAGCUGCUGCGCUUUGCCGUGGAUCGGGAAGCUCGGCUCGGGCACACCCCUUUCCCUGAUGUCAUGGAGCAGGUCUUCCACGAAGUGGGCAUUGGCAGCGUGCUCUCACUGCAGAAGUUCUGGCAGCACCGCAUUAAAGAUUACCACAGCUACAUGCUUCAGGUUAGCAAGCAGCUCUCUGAAGAAUAUGAGAAGAUUGUCAACCCUGAAAAGGCAGCAGAAGACACAAAACCCGUGAAGAUUAAGGAGGAACCUGUUAGUGAUAUUACUUUCCCCAUAAGUGAAGAGCUGGAAGGAGAUCUGGCUUCUGGUGACCAGUCUUUGCCUGUUGGAGUUCUUGGAGCUCAAAGUGAGCGCUUCUCUGCCAACCUGGAAGUAGAAGCUUCCCCACAGCCUUCAGGGGCUGAGGUGAAUGCUUCCCCACUGUGGAACUUGGCACAGGUGAAAAUGGAGCCACAGGAAAAUGAGGAGGCUAAUGUACAUGGCCACGGGGUCCUAGGCAGUGAUGUCUUUGAGGAGCCAAUGUCAGGCAUGAGUGAAGCUGGGGAUGCCACAAAGUCCCAAUGGCUCUGAAAGCAGCUACGGUUCUCAUUCUGCUGACAGCCUGAUGGGAUCCUCACCUGUCUUCAACCAGCGCUGCAAGAAAAAGUUGAAGAAGAUGUAAAAAUGAACAGGUUUUUUUAUUUAGUCCUGAUAGUGUGAAACAGACACUUGAAAGGAACUACAAGAGUACUGUGAUGAUUCCAAUACAGGGCCGGCCGUGGUGUGUGAGGGAUCUGCAUAAAAUUACUACGAGAGGUUUGAUGCGUAGCUCCCCUCUUUGCUGGCUUCUGUACUCU